GUUUAUUUAUGCAUUGCUAAUGUUGACAGUAUCCUUCGAAUAUUUUCUAUUAUAUUUUCAUUUUUCUUUAAAUUUUUAAUUAUUAUUAUUAUUAUUUCCCCCCCCCCUCCUUCGCCACGAUCCGCCCACACCCGCGCUACUGUCCCUACGAGCCAAACGGGAAUCAAGUCAAUCAACCGCGCGCCGCUUGUUCGACUGGUCGGAAGAAAGCCCCUCGUCACAAGGUGAUUGGUUCGUACAGCGCAACGUCAGGACCUUCUCUGGUUUGCUCAGCCCCAAAGUUGCCCGCGCCUCCAUCUUCAGGCUUAGUCUCCCCGUUAUCGCCAAACCUCAACUCAUCUUUAGUUUUCUCCGUUGCAUCAAUCAUCAAUCUUGUUCCGGUUUCACCCCCCCCCUCCCCCCCUCUCCACUUCAUACCACCGCUUCUGUCAUUCGAUCUACGGCCGACCUGUGUUUCCGAUCGUUCGACUCCUGUCUAGUGUGCGGCCUGUGGUCUGUGGUGGAUGCGCACGCCGCGAAUUACCUUUUAGGCUUGUCCUGAUCGGCCGUUUAACAUCCGGAGGCGUGUACUGCCAGAUCUCUUUCCACAGUACAGGAUGGGUUCCAAUCUGCCUGCCCAGCCAAACCUCAGGGUUACAAUUAUCGCGGCGGAUGGACUAUAUAAGCGAGAUGUCUUCCGAUUCCCCGAUCCGUUCGCGGUGGCCACUGUGGGGGGCGAACAAACCCAUACAACCUCUGUUAUCAAGAAGACAUUGAACCCUUACUGGAACGAGAUGUUUGAUCUGCGAGUAAAUGAAGAUAGCAUCCUUGCCAUCCAGAUCUUUGAUCAGAAGAAGUUCAAGAAGAAGGAUCAAGGGUUCCUCGGUGUGAUCAAUGUACGGAUCGGUGAUGUGAUCGAUUUGCAAAUGGGCGGUGAUGAGAUGCUCACUCGAGAUUUGAAGAAAUCCAACGAUAAUCUUGUUGUGCACGGCAAACUCAUUAUCAAUCUGUCCACCAACUUAAGCACACCCAAUACCAACCAAGCCAACGGCUUACACCGGUCACAUAUGCAACCAUCAACUUCCAGCGGCCUUGUGCCUCAAGUAUCGGCAUCGACUCCGCAGCCACCUCCCGGCCCAAGUCCAGCGGACGCAACUGCGUCAAAUCCAUCUCUCCACCCUCAGCGUGUCCCAUCGACUACUCGGCCUAACAGCACGGUUGUACCUGCCAAUGGAACGCUCCCUCCGCCCAGUGCCCAGCAAGGCUCUCGCACCAAUCUCAGUUCGUUUGAAGAUAGCCAAGGACGGUUGCCAGCCGGCUGGGAGCGACGAGAGGAUAAUCUGGGGCGGACAUACUAUGUGGAUCACAACACUCGGACGACCACUUGGACUCGGCCAUCGAACAACUACAACGAGCAAACGUCGCGUACGCAGCGGGAGGCCAGCAUGCAGCUUGAACGGAGAGCCCACCAAAGUCGCAUGCUCCCGGAGGAUCGCACCGGUGCGAGUUCACCCAACCUGCAGGAGAACCAGCAACAGGCUCAGACCCCGCCGGCCGGUGGCAGCGCCAAUGCUGUGUCUAUGAUGGCUACCGGAGCGACCACCGCCGGCACUGGCGAGCUUCCGCCAGGAUGGGAGCAACGGACUACCCCCGAAGGACGGCCUUAUUUUGUCGACCACAACACUCGCACCACAACAUGGGUGGAUCCACGCCGACAGCAGUACAUCCGGAUGUAUGGCCAGAAUGCCAACGGCACCAAUACCACCAUUCAACAGCAACCAGUGUCCCAACUGGGGCCGUUGCCCAGUGGUUGGGAAAUGCGCUUGACGAAUACUGCGCGUGUGUACUUUGUCGACCACAACACGAAGACCACUACCUGGGACGAUCCCCGUCUGCCAUCGUCCUUGGAUCAAGGCGUACCGCAGUACAAGCGUGACUUUAGACGUAAACUGAUCUACUUCCGGUCACAACCCGCUUUGCGAAUUAUGUCCGGACAAUGUCAUGUCAAGGUACGACGUAACAACAUCUUCGAGGAUUCCUACGCCGAGAUCAUGCGGCAGAGCGCCUCGGAUCUGAAGAAGCGCUUGAUGAUUAAAUUUGACGGUGAAGACGGUUUGGAUUAUGGUGGUCUCUCCCGUGAAUUCUUUUUCCUUCUCUCUCACGAAAUGUUUAACCCCUUCUAUUGUCUUUUCGAAUACUCCGCACAUGAUAAUUAUACCCUGCAAAUUAAUCCUCAUUCGGGCGUUAAUCCGGAGCAUCUGAACUACUUCAAGUUCAUUGGACGUGUUGUUGGAUUGGCUAUUUUCCACCGCCGUUUCCUGGACUCAUUCUUUAUUGGAGCGUUCUACAAGAUGAUGCUCAGGAAGAAGGUGUCGCUGCAAGAUAUGGAGGGUGUUGACGAAGAUCUGCACCGCAACCUGACCUGGACCUUGGAUAACGAUAUCGAAGGCAUUAUAGAGUUGACCUUCGCGGUUGAUGACGAGAAGUUCGGAGAGCGCCGCACAAUCGAUCUCAAGCCGGGUGGUCGGGAUAUUCCUGUUACCAACGAAAACAAGGGAGAAUAUGUUGAGUUGGUCACUGAGUGGAAGAUCGUGAAACGGGUGGAGGAACAGUUCAACGCUUUUAUGUCCGGCUUCAAUGAACUGAUCCCGGCCGAUCUGGUCAACGUCUUCGAUGAGCGCGAACUGGAGCUGCUGAUCGGAGGUAUUGCAGACAUUGAUGUUGAUGACUGGAAGAAGCACACCGACUACCGUGGCUACCAGGAGUCGGAUGAGGUGAUCCAGAACUUCUGGAAGAUUGUCCGCACCUGGGAUGCGGAACAAAAGUCUCGUCUGCUCCAGUUCACUACCGGUACCUCCCGUAUCCCGGUCAACGGGUUCAAAGACCUGCAAGGUUCCGACGGACCCAGACGGUUUACCAUCGAGAAGUCUGGCGAUCCGGGGGCGCUGCCCAAGUCCCACACAUGCUUCAACCGUCUUGAUCUGCCUCCGUAUAAGACCAAUGAUGUACUUGAGCAUAAACUCUCGAUUGCAGUGGAGGAGACGUUAGGUUUCGGACAGGAGUAGAUGCAUCUUUUGUUCCAUUCCGAGACCAGAUAUUUUGCAUACGAGUAUAUUAAUUCCGCCGCCGCGUGCUGCGCGGACGGCAUGCAAACCAACGCGAUUGAGAGGGCGCAUGCGCAUGUUCGUGAUCUCCACCGGCUUGUGUCCCUUUGGCAUCCCAUAUUCCCCCUUCGUUCGUGGUCUUCAUUUUGUUGCAUGCGGCUUGGAGCAGACUAUAUGAAUUUUUUUUUUUUUUUUUUAUUCU